AAAAAUGAAUUUCUUUCAUCCACUUCUACAAACUCUAUAAUGUAAGAAUUGUCAUUCUAUUUAUGUAGUUAUGCGUUUCAAUCUUAGUGCAGAUCGUUAACAAACUACUCUUAAUCUCCUCAAUCCAUCUAUUAAAGUUGAAGAGAAUGAACCACUUGUUACACCUUUAUAUCAAAUGACGUAAUAGGAACUACUAUAACGACAUAUUGUUGAUUCUACAUCACAUGGAUUAUAAAUCUAGACUUAUAAUAAAGAAUAAGAUCUACCUAAAACUAUCAAUAAGAAAAUGUAUGUUGUUUAAAUAUCUCUUAGAAGUAAAAAAACCAAUACUUGUGGACAUCCAGAUAAAGAACAUUAUGCUAAAGGAAUGUGCAAUAAUUGUUAUCAUAGAAUAGGCAGAAAUAAACAACCUUGGUUAUGUUCACACAAAAAAUUAUAUGCAUGUAAAUUAUUAUCUCUAUUAACCUAGGCGGAUUAUGUUAGAAUUGCUAUAUCAACUAAUAUAAUAAAAAAAGAAGAGUUGAAAAUUAAGAUUAAUUAGAUUCAGAACUUAAUAAUUAAUCUAGCAUACCGAAAACUGACAAUUGA